AUGGAAGCAGACAGCGCAUCAGAAGACAUCGAGUCUCUCAUUAACGACAUGGACUACAUCCCCGGUCACUUCCACCUGGAGCUCAAUCUUAACGGUGAACCUGGUGAUCUUGUGAAGCUGCGACACCGAGACACCAACCUGAAGCAGGAGAGUCUGCAAGCUGAGCUGGAGGUGGAAGUAGGACAUCUGCAAUACGCCGUCCGAAACCUUCUGGGCCUGCUGGCGUUUCACCUUGAACAGCUGGAUAAGGCUGAAGAAAUAUUCAGGAGCAUUUGCAAAGAGGACCCUGGAAACCUGAACGCCUGGGCCAAUCUGGGUUAUGUGUAUGACUUCCUGGAGAGAGAGCUGGAAGCAGGGGAAUGUGUGGACAAAGUCUCCCAGCUCAUGGGCAGUGGUGCUGGAGAGGCGUCCCAGGAGGAGGCCAGGCUCCUGGCUGCACGCUGCCUGGCCGAGCAGGCUUACGUUUAUCCGUAUGACGUGGAGCUGGAUGGCGAAGAUGAUUUGAGGGAGAGGCUGAUGUCGGCACUGACGUUUUACAACCGAGCUCUGCAUUAUGGAGGUCAUCUGAUACCAAAAGAAGAAAAGAGAAGCUGGUAUUUUAAAAUGGCAACGAUUUAUGUAAGACUGGACCACAUCAUAAAGACCAAAGAGGAUUCAGAAUACUCCAGACUCUUUCACUAUAAUAAGGGACUUAAACUCCUAAAAGAAGCUCUGGAGUCUGAAACAAAACAGCACAGAGCUUUAGCCUGGUGUUAUGUUGGCAUCAUGUUGGAAAGGAAAGAUGAGUUUUCUUCUGUGCCAAUGUCCAUUCAUGACUGCGGCUUUUCUGCUUCUGAUCCUCUGUCUUGCUACGGAACUGCCAUAAAGGUUGCCAGUGAUGAUGCCUCCAUCCUGAACCUUCUUGCCAAAGUCUUCUUCCUGCUGGGCAAGCAUGAGAUGACCACAGGGAUCUGCAAUAUGGCUCUAGAUGUUCUGCCAGAUCCAGAGCUCAACUGGCAGGCCUACUGCACUCAAGCCAAGAUCAAUAUGAUCCUUUAUGCCAAGGAUCUUGAUAAAGCAAAGCAAGGAACUGGAGGAUUCCCCGACAGGCAGAUGCUAACUGAGGCGAGAAAACACUUGGACAAGGUGCUGAGUGUGCGCCCAUGUCUGAGGAUUCAUCUCGAGAUGGCCCAGGUUCACUACUACAUGGGCGUAGACGCCCUUCAGGAGAGCCUUUUGGUGGACGAGAGUUCAAUAAACAGUUCUUUGGUGAGCUUGUCUCACGCCCUACAGUUUGAGCUGGGCGACAGCUUACCAGACCUCCAUGUACUCAGAGGACGCUGUCUUCUACUGAAAGGCGAAGAGCAGAACGCUGCAGACUGUUUCAAGAAGGCCGUGGACUUGGAGAGGCCUGGGACCACAGACACCACAGCCCUGCGCUGCCUCCUACAGACUCUCCUGGCUCUGUUUAUGAUGGAAAGUAACAACCCGGGUCCUGCCAUCACCCAACUGGAAAUGUGGGUGAACAAGGCAGAGCAGCAUUACUCACAGGAAAGUGUGAACACUGAGCUGAAACACUUAUACAGAACACACGCAGAGGAGGUCACAGAGUUAUCAAAGACUCUGAUCAAGACGGGACGUCUGAGCCUUGUAAAAAGGCUGCUGGAUGCAGUGGUGCCGAAACAACUCGGUAAAAAAAAAACCCUGACAAAGUCUUUUUCGUGUUUCUGA